UCAUCUUUCCACAGGAUAAGCAGCACACCUCAGGAGUCAGUAACUCUCAGUGCUCCCAGCCAGGAUGCCUCCUCAAUCAGAAACCUAUGUGGGGAAGACAAAAGUUGAGCCAGGGGUCCCACGGCUUUUCACCUGGGAGGAGGUGGGGCUCCGCACAGGCAAGGGAAACUUCAAGGAUGAGAGAUGGCUGGUCAUCGACCGAAAGGUUUAUGAUGUCAGUCAGUUCUAUUUGAGACAUCCAGGUGGGCCUCGUCUCAUCAGACACUAUUCUGGACAAGAUGCCACGGAUGCCUUUACAGCUUUCCACAAGGAUGAGGAUCUGGUAAAGAAAUACUUGAAUUCCCUGUUAAUUGGAGAACUAACACCGGAUCAACCUAGCUGUGAACCCACCAAAAAUGAAAUGCUGGUACAUGAUUUUCAUGAAUUACGCACAAAAGUGAAGAAGAUGGGACUCUUGAAGUCCAGUGUUCCUUUUUUUGCCUUCAUGUUUCUGCAUGCUUUCCUGUUGGACGUGGCAUCCUGGGUCACCAUCUGGUACUUUGGAAAAUCUUGGGUGCCUUUCCUUAUUGGAGUAGCAAUGCUCACUGUUGCACAGAUCCAAUAUGGUUUCUUGCAACAUGAUCUUGGGCAUGUUUCAGUCUUUCAAAAGCCUAAAUGGAACAGACUGGCUCACAUUUUUGUGAUGGGAGUCCUUAAGGGUGGGCCAAAGGCUUGGUGGACUGACAUGCAUAACCAGCAUCACGCCAAACCGAACUGUUUCCUGAAGGAUCCUGAUCUCAAUAUGCACCCAUUUCUCUUCAGCUUAGGGAAGUCCCUCUCUGUGGAGCUUGGAAAGAAGAAAAAGAAAUACAUGCCUUACCAGCACCAGCACAAAUAUUUUACCUUAUUGGCCCCCUUAACAUUCGUUGCUUUUGUGCAGUUAAUCAUAUUUCGCUAUGUUAUUCGGAAGAAAAUGUGGAGUGAUCUUGCUAUUAUUAUAUUCUACAAUUUCCGUAUGUGCCUCAUGUUCAUUCCUUUAAUGGGAUUCAAGACCUUCAUGGCAUAUUACUGGCUUGCCAGGUUCCUAGAAAGCACAUGGUUUAUGUGGGUCUCUCAAAUGAAUCACAUUCCAAUGAACAUCAAUUAUGACCAGAAUCUGGACUGGGUCUCUUCCCAGCUUGCAGCAACAUGUAAUGUUGACCAUUCCUGGUUCAAUGACUGGUUCACUGGGCACCUGAACUUCCAGAUUGAGCAUCAUCUUUUCCCCACCAUGCCUCGACAUAAUUAUUACAAGGUGGCUCCUCUGGUGAGAUCUCUUUGUGCCAAGCAUGGUGUUCACUAUGAGUGCAAGCCCAUCCUCACGGCUUUUGCAGAUAUAUUGCAUCGCCUGAAGGAAUAUGGGCAGGACUGGCAGGAAGCUUAUCUCCAUGAAUUGGGAGUGGGAGAUGUUCAGACAGCAACAGAAGUACAUUAACUUGUGGUUCAUUGAGUUCUCAUGACUGGCUGCCUAUAUUCAUUUGAAGAAGUAAAGACUGGUGGAGACCUUCCUCCAGGAGCUUUUCCAUUAGCUGUAAAGUCAGGACCAUCUUCUUCCUGUGAUGCUACCAGAAAUGGGCUCCCUUCCCCUUCCUCUCCCUCUAUUCCGGAGUCAAAUGUUCAGUUUUUCCUUACAAUUUUGGAAAACCAUUUGAUAAUUCCUGUUGAUACUUGAAUGUUUAUAUAGUAUUCAAUACUUCUACUAUUUAUGUGAAAUAUUAUUGGACAUUGUUUUAUUCUGGUUUAUAGCGUUUUUUUGAUAACUCUCUGAGGUGGGAAAGCAGAGAUAAUUGUAUAUAAAAAGCUGAAGUGAAAUCUGAACUUGUGAUUUUAACCAUCUCUUGGGAUAAUGAAGAAGCAAGAACAAAACCAGAAUCACUUCAGAUAGGUGAUGGGUAGUAUAAAUAAGAAAUAAAUAAGUAAAAAUAAAUAAAUAAACAAACAAACAAAUAAAAUAAAUA